GUAAAAUAUAUUCUAUAUAUGUGUGAUCGCUUACCAUAUCGUGAAACUAUAUCAGAUUCUUGUAUAUAUAAAGUGCAAUACGAUUAAGUUACGAAAAAACGACGCUCUUUUUUUUGUGAAUUACGUUAAAUACGAAGUAUAGUAGUUUUCAUUAUUUCCUUAUUAAUUCAUAAUAGAGUUUAUCUCUAUUCUUAAAACAUCAUCUUAAAACAUCAUAAUGCAAUCAGAGGAAAGUAAACGUAAGGGAAAUUUUUUACAUCAUACAAAUAGCCCUGAAAAAAUAAGAAAAGUAGGUCAGACUAGUAGCAGAUUUGUUGAUACGCUAAUAGGACAAUGGUCAAAGCAUACAGGAAUGCAGAUUUCUUCAAUGCAAACAAAAGAUUAUAAAUCAAGUAUAGAUGAAACAGAACAAACAAACAAUCAAGAUCUCAAAAUAGAAAUUUUGCAAAAGAAAUUACAAGAGGCAGAAGAUAAUAUAAUAACACUUUCAACAAAUUUAGAAAAUGAACUCAGUGUUAAAGACGAAAUAUCUGAAAAGUUAGAUAUUAAUAUCAACUUUAUUGUUAUAUUGCUACAUUUCUUAUAGUAUUACAAAGUUCCAAUAUAAUUUUUUUACAGUUCUAAUAUACUUUUUUUUAUAGAUUAACU